UUAAUAAAGUUUGAAGCAGGUGCGUGUAGAAAAUAAAUCAUUUUUAGCCUUCUGUAUGUGCAUGGUGGUCGGGAUUCGUCGUUAAUCUUAAAAUAACUAGUUUUUUUAUGUUUUUCCGUAUUUUUUGACCCUAUUGUUUUUCGAUGCGGUUCGAAAUAGAGGAGGGAAUACAGUUUGGGACGUCAGCUCUAUCUGUUUCGCCCAAUGAGAAAGUUCCACGAGAGAAUAGUGCCACGUUUCCAUCAGAGGGAUGCGUUGACAGGGCAGGCAACGAUUGAAUCCAUUGGAGCUCGCAGUCCCGGCCCAACCACCGACGCGGAAGACGACUCAGUUUGGAAAUAUAUUUUUUUCGACAUCUUCCCGGCCGGCAAAUCUAUCGAAGAAAUAAAAAAUGUCCCGGAUUUUGUUAGCGCUUAGUUUAAUAUUGGCGGUCGUAUUUUCGACGGAUAUCAAGACUGAAGACGGAGUCCUCGUCCUUACAGCCUCCAACUUCGAUAACGCUUUGGAGACCUACGAACACGUACUCGUCGAAUUCUACGCCCCGUGGUGUGGCCAUUGUAAAGCCCUUGCGCCUCAUUAUGCCAAAGCGGCUGAGAAGCUUGCUGAAAUGGAAUCGGCUGUCAAACUGGCCAAAGUCGAUGCCACUGUUGAAACGAGCCUGAGCGAAAAGUACAACAUAAGAGGAUACCCGACCCUCAAAUAUUUCCACGGCGGAAAAGUCCUGGAUUAUCCUGGAGUUCGCCAGACUGAGGAUAUUGUGAACUGGCUCCUUAAGAAAUCCGGUCCUUCAGCUAAGGAACUUAAUUCCGUUGAGGAAGUUAAGGCCUUUGUUGAAGAUAAGCAAGUGGCCAUGGUCGGAUUCUUCAAAGAUGCAAACUCUGAUUUGGCCAAGAACUUUAUGGAAGUGGCUUUCGCUGUUGAUGACGUUCAGUUUGGUGUAUCGUAUAAUGAAGGAACACUCGCCGAAUAUAAAGCGGAUGAAAACAAAGUUGUCAUGUUCAAGAAGUUUGAUGAAGGCGAAGUCGUUUACACGGGCACAGAAGACCCCAAUGAGCUUAAGAAGUUCAUCUUGACAAAUUCUCUCCCACUUGUCGUCGAAUUUAACCAUGAUACAGCUCAGAAGAUCUUCGGCGGCGAUGUCAAAUCCCACCUCCUUUUCUUCCUCUCAAAAGAAAAAGGUGAUUUCGAAAAGCUCCUUGAACCCGUCAAGCCUCUCGCCAAAGAUUACAGAGAUAAGUUGCUUUUUGUUGUUCUCAACGUCGAUGAGCCAGACCAUGUAAGGAUAUUAGAUUAUUUCGGACUCGCCAAGGACGAUGUGCCUUCAAUGAGGUUGAUCAAGCUUGAAGAUGAUAUGUUAAAAUACAAACCUGACACUUCCGAUUUGUCGCCGGAGCAUGUCAAAUCGUUUGUCGAUGCUUACUUGAGCGGUACGCUUAAGGAACAUCUUCUCAGCCAGACGUUGCCCGAGGACUGGGACAAACACCCUGUCAAGGUGCUCGUCUCAAGCAACUUCGACGAAGUUGUUUUCAACACGGAGAAAGACGUGCUCGUAGAGUUCUACGCCCCUUGGUGCACUCAUUGUAACAAACUCGCGCCUAUUUAUGACGAGUUGGGAGAGAAAUUCAAGGAUAACAACGAAGUCCUGGUCGCUAAAAUCGACGCCACAGCCAACGAAUUAGAACAUACCAAGAUCGAAAGCUUUCCCACUCUCAAACUGUACAAAAAGGGUGAUAACAAAGUUGUGGAAUAUACCGGUGACAGGACAUUAGAAGGGUUGUCCAACUUCCUAGAAAGCGGUGGCGAAUCGGUAGCACCUCCUCAGGAGGAAGUUGGCGAUGAGACUGUUGAUGACCUUCCAACAAAGGACGAACUUUAAAAAAAAAACUAAAACAUCACAGAAUUUCUGGGCUAUUAUGUAUAAAGCAGUCAUAUUAAAAUCAAAUCGCUAAGGAGGAGAAUAAUUGUUUAAACAAUUAUUUUCCAGGUGUAAAUUGACAGACUGCUGUUUUUAUGUACUUUUUGUCAUGUAAAAAAAAAAAAAAAAAGAAUUGGUUGUUAAACUAUUUUUCAUAGAACUUAAUUUUUUUAUUGUUAAUUUUGCAUUUAUAAAGUAUUAACUCACUCGUAAUUUGUUUUUGCAUUCCAAUAGCAAAACCAUGGAUUAAUAUUUUUUAAAUAUACUGUAUAAAUGUAAUGUUUUUCAUAUCUAAUUUUUUUUUAUCUGUCUUUUUUUAAAUAUAUGUUUAGGGAUGUGUUUAAAACAUUGAUUGUGAGGUUGUGCGUGAAUUGCUGAAGGUUAAAGUUGGGACAAAAUGAAAAACGAAUUGUUUGUUUAAUGAUGUGCAAUGAAAGCCUUUUAGUUAAAUGUAAUUUUUUUCUCAUUUUGUGAUUUAAAUAAACCAAUCUCUUUCCUA